UGUGUGUGCUGUAGCCUAUGUGAACAUGCUGUGUGGGAGGAGUCUGUACUUGGCUGUUCCCUGACCUUGGACGAGAAAAGCGUCUGGAUAUGAGAGAGCGAGAAAGACAGACUUGGAGAGUCUGGUAUCAACAUAAUGCACAGCACACCAUAAGGAAGGGAGGGGGACAGGCAGAGACAAUGGAGGCUGCGGUAUAGGCUACUGCAGUGCAGGUUUGUGGGUUGUUGUUUCUGUGGCUGAAGAUAGAUUUUACAUUCGAAUUCUGAGAGACACCUGGCAACCCGCAGCUGAGCUGGAGAGUGAUAAUGUCUGUACAGGCCAGACGACAACACAGCAUACAGCAGCCAAUGAAAGAGCCCGGAACAGGAAGCUGAGAUGGAGUUCCCAGGGUGCCCAGCUGCUGCCGGUGUUGCCAUGGGCGACGAGGCGGAGCAGGCAGAGAAGGAGGGCCACGCCCAGGUUCUAUUUGAUGAGUUUGUCCAGGCGUCUACCUGCAGAACGACACUCCGUGCCUUCAACCUGCUGUGUGAGCACCUUCAGCUCACACACACACAUACUCAGCCACAGACAUACUCCGCAACGCAGCCGCAGAGGCCUUUCUACCACACCCUCAAAGAACGCCUCAGCUACUGGAAGGCAAACGCACUGUGGGCCAAACUGGACAAACGGGCGGCCCACCACGAAUACGGGAAGGGCCGUGUCUGUGCCAACACCACGUGUGUGAUCAUCGGGGCGGGGCCGUGUGGUCUGCGUACAGCAGUAGAGCUGGGGUUCCUGGGGGCCAGAGUGGUGCUGCUGGAGAAGAGAGAUGCCUUCUCCAGGAACAACGUCCUUCACCUCUGGCCUUUCACCAUCCACGACCUCAGGGGCCUCGGGGCCAAAAAGUUCUACGGCAAGUUCUGUGCUGGAGCCAUUGACCACAUCAGUAUACGGCAGUUACAGUUGGUGUUAUUAAAGGUGGCUCUGUUGCUGGGGGUGGAAGUCCAUGUCAACGUAGAGUUCAAGGGACUGGUGGAGCCACCUGCGGACCAGGAGCAACAGAAGGUAGGCUGGAGGGUGGAGGUGAAACCCAAGUCUCACCCUAUUAACCAACUGCAGUGUGACGUGGUGAUCGGAGCUGAUGGACGACGGAACACACUGCCAGGGUUCAGGCGUAAGGAGUUCCGUGGCAAGCUGGCCAUUGCCAUCACAGCUAACUUCAUGAACCGUAACACCACGGCUGAGGCCAAGGUGGAGGAGAUCAGCGGAGUGGCCUUCAUCUUUAACCAGAGGUUCUUUCAGGAGCUACGGGACGCCACGGGAGUGGACCUGGAGAAUAUAGUGUACUACAAGGACGACACGCACUACUUUGUGAUGACGGCUAAGAAGCAGAGUCUGCUGGAGAAAGGAGUCAUUCUGCGGGACUAUGCAGACACAGAAACACUUCUCUCACGGGGAAACGUGGACCAGAAUGCGCUGCUGGCCUACGCCCGCGAGGCGGCGGACUUCUCCACCAAUCACCAGCUGCCGUCCCUGGACUUUGCCAUGAACCACUACGGGCAGCCUGAUGUUGCCUUGUUUGACUUCACCUGUAUGUACGCGUCAGAGAACGCUGCACUGGUCAGACAGAGACAUGGACACCAUCUGCUGGUCACACUGGUGGGAGACAGCCUUCUGGAGCCGUUCUGGCCCAUGGGGACAGGCAUAGCACGGGGGUUCCUGGCAGCAUUGGAUUCUGCCUGGAUGGUACGGAGCUGGGCUCAAGGCCUCGCCCCCCUGGACAUACUUGCUGAAAGAGAGAGUCUGUAUCGCCUCCUUCCUCAGGCCUCUCCAGAAAACGUCAACAAGAACUUUGGUCAAUACACCGUCGACCCAGCUACCCGCUACCCAAACAUCAACCCCCAACUCAUCACACCCGCACAGGUGGGGCAUCUAAUAUACACAGAAGAGAGUGGAGGUUCGGGUGCGGACCAGGAACCACGACCCCGAUCCCCCUUGCCGAAGCUACUACGACAGGAGUCCUUCUCUCGCUCCAGUAAGCUUUUGUCAUGGUGCCAGCAGCAGACACAGGGUUACCGUGGCGUUGCGGUUAGCGACCUCACUACUUCCUGGAAGAGUGGCCUAGCUUUGUGUGCCCUCAUCCACCACUAUCGACCUGACCUCAUUGACGUUGACUCUCUAAAGGAGGAUGAGGGGGAGGAGAAUAUGAGGUUGGGGUUGGAGGUGGCAGAGAAGGAGUUUGGCAUCUCUCCUGUGAUGACUGUCGAGGAGAUGUCGUCUGUCAGUGAAACGGACACUCUCUGUAUGGUCAUGUACCUCAGCCAGUUUCACCAGCUCUUCAAGGACGCACUGCCCCCAAGCGAAUCCCAGACUGAGAGUCCAGAUGGGAGGGCUGCUGUGAUUGGUCCUGCCUCUCUCCUCAGUCGCCUGGGCCACAGCCCAUCCCGCAAGCGCAACCCCAAGGAGCAGAAGGAGAAGGAUGCGGUGGGGAAAAGGAGGAAGACCAGUCGGCCAUGUCUGGAGGAUGUGAGACAAGAUCUCAGAUUAGUGGACAGUUAUGAGGAAGAGGCUGCCGUGUGCUCUGUGGGUGGAGCAAGCCAGAGCAGAGUGCGCUCGAUGGCCAAUCAGCUGCUGGCCAAGUUUGAGGAGAAUGCCCCUUGCCCGUCCUCCACGCCAGCUGCAGUUCUCCGCAGACAGGGGGACUCCAUGCCCAUGCUUCCACCUCCUCCAGCAUCCCCUGACCCCCAGGACGCAACCUUUGUGGCCUCCGCUGCCACCUGGAAACAGAAGAAGCGCACACAGCAGCAGGAGCAGAUGAGUUUCAAGUACAAGGAAAAGGUCAAAUGUCACACUCUGCCCAGCAGGGGGGAGCAGGUGCGUCAAAUCCUACGCAACUCGCAGUCCGUCAACCAACAGACGAAUGUUGCGCCAUCUGGCAAAUACGUUCAGAUGUACACAGGGGGAGUGAGCUCAUUGGCUGAACAGAUAUCCUGUCAGCUUCAAAGUCAGGAGUCACCGUCACCCCAGCAUACUCCUGAUAGGAAGGAAUCAGCUGGCGUUCACUCUGUGUUGGCGGGGCCAGGGCCAGGAGGGGCCAGUGACGUGUGUUUCUUCUGCAGUAAGCGUGUGUACGUGAUGGAGAGACUCAGUGCUGAGGGACUGUUCUUCCACCGGAGCUGCUUCCAGUGUGACCACUGCAGCUCCACUCUUCGCCUAGCCUCUUACGCCUACGACCGACCUAACGGGAAGUUCUACUGUAAGCCGCACUAUGACCUCCGUCUGGUUGGGCCGGUCCAGAGGAAGAGACCAGCCCCUCCUACCUCCGACCAGCACCCAGCCCCCUACGAACGGACCCCCUCUCAGCGGACCCUCCUGGAGUCCCAAGCUGCUCUGUCCACUAACCCUCGCUCCUCAGUAACUGUGAUGACAGCAGAUCGCAGGUCCUCAGUGGCAUCUCUGAUUGAGAGGGAGUGUGGCUUGGCUAAGCGCGUGCGCGGCACGCCAGAACGUAUAGAGCUGGAGAACUACCGUGGGAGCUUGGGGAGCCUGGAGACUGAGCAGCUAACAGAUGAGCCGGAGGAGGUGCCAGAGGAGACGCUGGCCAAUUACAACCUCAGUCUGUUGGUGACAGAGGAGAAGAAGGCCAAUCACAAGCGCAGCUCGUUGUGGGACAACGAGGGCUCCAGUUCAGAAUCAGAAACGGAAGAGGAGGGGGAGAGGCAGCGGGCUCUAACCAAUGACCUGGCUAGAGACUCAUGGAGGAAGGCCAUGGAACUACACGCACGCCUCCGAGGAGAGAGAGGAGAUGACGAAGAAGAGACAGAAGAAGGAGAGGAGGAAGGAGAGGUUGAUGAAGAUGAUGAUGAUGAUGAGUUAUCUAGUGAUGAAGGGGAGUACUGUCCGUGGGAGAGGGAGCGUCACUCAGGUCUGUGGCUCCUUCCUCUAGAAGAGGUGGAGGAGACAGGGGAAGGAGCAUCUCCCCUCACCGCUGAGGAGGUAGCCUCGUUGGACGAGUGGCAGCAGAGCACGCACUCUCCAGACACACACUCUCCAGACACAUACUCUCCAGACACACACUUUCCAGACACACACACACCUGCCACACACACGCCUGACACACACUCUCCAGACACACACACGACUGACAUACAACUGCCUGACUCGACAACACCCGACACACACGGUCCAUUCAGCCCCACCAGUGUACCCAAUAUCACCUUCUCCACUCCAGCCACUGCCUCAACACCGUUCACACCCUUAACGUCGCAUGCACCCACACCCACGUCCUCAGUCUCAAUUCCAGACUCCUCUGUCUUUACCUACUCCUCCCCCAACUCCUCCACCACCUCUGGCUGCUCCCCGGGUCCAGACGAGGGAGAGGAGGAUGGGGAGAAGAAAGAGAUGAAGGAGAGAAAAGAGCGAGAGGAGAGGGAGAGAGGGGGGAAGGAGAGGGAGAGGGUGCGUGACUCCAGCAGUAGUUCGGGGAUCGGUGUGGGCGGGAGCUCCACCACCUCUACCUCGGACCCUCUCACCCCUCCCGGCAUCCCUCCCCCCGCCCAGCUCAAGGCAUGCUGGGAUAGCCUGCCCCACCCUGCUGUGGAGGCGGAGUCACUGCAAAGCCCCACCUCUCGCUCUGCCCCUCGAUUUGCCCCCGCACCUAUCAUGGUGUCGGCUGUUGUGGGGGUCAGGGGCAAGAAGCUGAAACCAUGGGACAUGGAUGGGGGAAGGGGAUCUGUUGCGGGGGGGUCUGUUGGGGCGGGGUCUCUUGGCGAGCAGCUGUGUAAAGGUGUAGUAAUAGACCCCUUAGAGGACAUCAACCCCCCUUUGUCCCCCCUGAAGCCCCUUAAGGCAGUGCCCAGAGACGAGAGAGAGAUCGGGAGGAAGAGGGAGAUGGAGAGGAGGAGGGAGAUAGAGAGAGCAGCCAUGGGAGUGGGCUGGGAGGAUACGAAAAUCCCCCUGGGAAGGGAGCCUCUCCCAGGGAAGAGCAGAGGUGGUCUAGACCCCCGCAGACUCGCAGAGAGCCUGCCUCCCCUCCUCCUCACACAACUCCAGGGGGGCUCCCUCUUCCCUUCACGUAAGUGCCGCAGGGACAACCAGCCCCCCAGCCAGAGUGUGUCGGAAGCGGGCAUAGGAGAAGGUGGACCCCUGGGCCUGUGGAGAGCUGUCUUCUCUGGCUAUAAGAAGGACCGGAAGAAGAAGGGCAGGACUUCCCUUCCCAUUAUGACAACAGCCCCAGCCCCCAAAGAGCAGGGCAGGAGGAAAACAUCUGCGGAGAGAAGAGGUGUGAAGUUCAGGGAGCGCCAGAGCUGGUCGGAGCCGGAGGAGUCAGACAUCACCUGCUCUGUUGUGAUGGAGAGAUGCUCCAUGAACCCCAAGGCCAACCUUCGUCUGGAGCUGUUUGACCUAACGUCAGACCUUCAGAAGGAAACCAUUGAGGAGGAGGAGGAAGAGGAGAAUGAGGAAGGGGAGAGGCACGUGGGGAAGGAGAGGGAGAGGGACAGUUCCCCCCAUAUAGAUACACAGCGGAAGUCAUCGUGCCCUACGGAAGUUGUGGGGGUACUGGUGCACAUGAAGGACCUGAAGGACCCGUCCAGCCUGGAUGUGUCAGAGGCCAUGUUCCACAGAGAGAGAGACCCAGAGGAGGAGCAGCUAGACGCCAGGUUAACACGCAGAGUGCAGAGGGCAGCACGUAAACAGGCCAAACAAGAGCAACUCAAGAGACUGCACAGAGCCCAGAUGAUCCAAAGGCAGUUGGAGCAGGUGGAGGAGAAGCAGAGGCAGCUGGAGGAGAGGGGUGUGGCUGUUGAGAAGGCCUUGAGAGGGGAAGCAGACUACUGGGGAGAGUCGAAUGACAGUGAAGAGCUGGACUUACACCUUGGCGUCAUGGGCAGGCAGGAUGACCCAGCUCUGAUGCAGCAGUGGUUCAAGCUGGUCCAGCAGAAGAACUGUCUGAUGCGCUAUGAGUCAGAACUCAUGAUAUUUGCUCGGGAGCUGGAGUUGGAGGACAGACAGAGCCGUCUUCAACAGGAGCUCAGAGAGAGGAUGGCCGUGGAUGACCACCUGAAGGGCGAGGCAGAGCUGGCUGAGGAGAAGCUAAUCCUGGGGGAGAUGUUGGAGGUGGUGGAGCAGAGAGAUGCUCUGGUGUCUCUGCUGGAGGAGCAGCGGCUGCAGGAGAGCCAGGAGGACAGAGACCUGGAGGCCAUCAUGCUGUCCCGGGGCCUGGGCCUGCACAACUGGGCCUGAGCUCUAUCCCGGAGCCUGGGCCUGCACAACGGAGCCUAAGCAACAGACACUCACGUCACUUCCUCUCUAAAGCUGCGAUCAGGGUCAUGGUUGUGAGGUCACUUCGCCUCUGAUACAACAUUAUGACCAGGAUCAAGGCGGGACUGUGUCUGGAUGAUUCAUUUUAAGGAUUGGAUAUGUUUCCCUAAUCCCCACUGCUACACCCAUCCUGCUACACCCCUGACCCACUGACUGAUGGGCCUUUGAGAUGGCUCGAUGUUCUAUGCGCACUAUACUCACCCAGGCUGUUGUUACGGCGAUAUAUGGCAUGUUUGAAUGAUUUUUAUUGUUAUUCAUUAACAAUUUAGAGAAAUGUAUAUUAUGUAAAAAGAAACCAUACAAUUUUUUAAAAACUUUCUUUUUUUUAAAUUACACUAAUUAUGUUUUACAUCAUACAUUGGAUAAUAAAGACAUUCUGACAUCA